AACAAACUCAGUCCCCCACCCAACCAGGGCCCGGACCCGUCUCUGGUCUACCGGCCUGACGUGGACCCAGAGAUGGCCAAAGACAAGGGCAGCUUCAGGAACUACACGUCUGGCCCGCACCUGGACCGUGUGUUCACCACCUACAAGCUCAUGCACACGCACCAGACUGUGGAGUUCGUCCAGAAGAAGCACAUCCAGUUUGGGGACUUCUCUUACAAGAGAAUGACUGUCAUGGAGGCUGUGGACAUGCUGGAUGAGCUGGUGGACGAGUCAGACCCAGAUGUAGACUUCCCAAACUCCUUCCACGCCUUCCAGACAGCAGAAGGCAUCCGGAAGGCCCACCCAGACAAGGACUGGUUCCAUCUUGUCGGACUCCUGCACGACUUAGGGAAGGUUCUGGCAUUGGCAGGGGAGCCCCAGUGGGCUGUUGUUGGAGAUACCUUCCCAGUGGGCUGCUGUCCCCAGGCCUCCGUGGUUUUCUGUGACUCCACCUUCCAGGACAACCCUGACCUUCAGGACCCCCGAUACAGCACAGAGCUUGGCAUGUACCAACCUCACUGUGGACUUGAAAACGUUCUGAUGUCCUGGGGACAUGAUGAGUACAUGUACCAGAUGAUGAAGUUCAACAAAUUCUCCCUCCCCCCAGAGGCCUUCUACAUCAUCCGGUUUCACUCCUUCUAUCCAUGGCACACGGGUGGCGACUACCGGCAGCUGUGCAGCGAACAGGACUUGGCCAUGCUGCCGUGGGUGCAGGAGUUCAACAAGUUUGACCUGUACACCAAGUCCUCUGACCUGCCAGAGGUGGACGAGCUGCGGCCCUACUACCAGGGUCUCAUUGACAAGUACUGCCCUGGCGUCCUGUGCUGGUGACCCAGCCUCCCAGGCCUGGCUGCUUUGGGAAUGCCGCAGACCCUGUCCAGUCAGUGCUCCUCACCUUGGUGAGCACUCUGCCCAGGGGCAAUAAAGAGCUUCCGGUA